AUGUGGAAAAUGGGUUCGACCUCAGAUGCCCAGGAUUCCUCGACCCAAUUCCUCGGGAAGGAGCACUCCAGCUACUUCAAUCAACGCCAGACAGUCUCACUGAGGGAAGUGAACAACGAAGAGUCGACCAGACAUCCCACGAAUAACCAGCCUUUAUCCUUACAAGGUUAUAAUCCAGCAACCGACAACCCCCAAACAUCAGCACAGAACCCCCAGAGCCCCCAGAAACCACCCAAACGCGGCAGAGGGUGGACAGGGAUGCCCAAGGGAAGACCUCCAGGAGCCAAGAACAAGCCAAAGGGUCCUGACCAUGGUCUGCCAAAGAUGUCUAAGAAAAGAGGAAGGCCAUUAGGAGCGAAGAACAAGUACCCCCGCGGAGCCCACAACGCGUAUCCGUCUACGCCAGAUAGCAAUAGCAGCUCGAUCGAGAGCGGAACCCCACAAACACCAGUUCCAAUCAUGAUCGGCACUGCUCUCGUCAUGGCCCCAACAACUCCAACAGAGGCCCAGACGACGUACACAUACCCUCUCGGAUACGCACAGUCAACAUCCUUUUCCGACUCCCUCAAUGAUGACGACCGCGGCUGGGACAAUGAGACCGGAACCUGGUACUCCAUAAAGGCUCGAGCCAGGGAAGAACUGGAAAUCUACGGCGCCACCUCAACCGCCCCAGAAGACUUCAUGAGACCCAUGGCGAUGACCUAUUCUCCUCCACCUAAUUCAUCUUACGCCAACCAGGGUGAUUUUGGAGAGCCUAACCAUAGCCAUGGUUCUCAGUACCCACCACCGCCCGUGCCUAACCACGCCUUCGGCAGCGGUAUCUUCGCCUUCGGCAACGGCAACAGCAGCCGUCCCUACCCGUCGUCCAGCCCUUAUCCCGGAGGCAUGUCAGCAUACAGUGACCCGACUCAACCCCCAAGGACUACAACCGAAUAUGGACGUCACCAACUCCAGGCACCUGCAACUUCACAACCAUACAAUGCCUCAAGCUCCGUUACCGAUGCUGACAACAACUUUCCGAGGCUACGACCAUACUCGACCAUCAACCGAAAUCUGGGUACUGGGGCUCAGUACCAGUUCCCAGCGCCAGCGACUCUAGGACCGUUCGAGGACAACAACACCACCAGCUCGGUCACCGAGACCGAGAACAUCUUCGACAAGCUGAUAAAUGAGAGGGACUGGGAUGACUUUAACUAG